AAGCCCACACAAACACACACAAUACGGCGGAAAGAUUUUCAUUACAGAAAAAAACAAAAGAAAAACGGAAAUUAUAAGCCAAUAGACCCAUCUCCAAUCAAACCAUCUCUCUUGAUAGUCAUCCACGGGUCAAAGGGCAACCAUGUGGCAUGCGCUAAUAGCUCUAUUCGGUCUAGUGUUUCUAGUGAACGCUCAACCACUCGCCCGGGCAAAUGAUCUUUAUUAUACGGCCAUAACGCCUGUAAGUGAUGAGACUCGGUACACGACACUUAAUCCAAAUGCAGAGUUGAAAGAAUUCAACAAGGUGAAACAUUCAAAGGGGAAUAUUGUCUUUACUUCCGGUGAACGUAUUACAGGUGAUCGUUUGAUUGUCAAUCACUAUGAUGAUGAGAGUUUCACCACAACUGCCGACAUUGAGGUGGGCAUGAAGUAUCCAUCGAGUAGCAGCACCGGCGCCACUUUAACCUGCAUCGAGAUCUAUGUGGAUAUGUCGGCCGAUGAUGCUGGUGCCUAUAUGAUCAACGGUGGCAUUGGCAAGGCAAAUGCCGAAAUCCUCUUGACCUGCAAUCAAACUCGUACAUAUGUCUACGAAACCUAUUUCUAUGGUUAUUAAAGAGCCAAGGGCCAAGCCAAAUAAAACAUCAACUGUGA